AAAGGGGUUGACGGCCACGAUUGUCUAUAGACACAUCUCCACUCGGACAGGCACAGGAAAGCAAUUGGGACGGAAACACGAGUCUAUAAUCGCAGCAUGAAAGGGAUUUACGGGAAGGACGGUCGGUUGUCUGUUAUUAGAGCGUUGCUUCUUUCAGAAUCCUGCUGCUUGUACUAUACAGCUGAGGGGAAUUGAGCUGGUUCUGUCUCAUUUGAAACCAUGUCCAUGGUGCCUGGUGUCUGGUGUCGUGAUGCAGUUCACUCAAGUAGCAAUUCAGCCAGUACUUCAUGAUGACUUGAAAUCUCCGAGUUGUAGAAAACACACCGAAGAUAAGUCACAGUGUGUAUUCUGCCAUCCGGAAUAGGCACUGUACGAGCCCCGCCGUCCAUCGUGGGAAGCUUCAUCGAGCCCCACGGUGCUCACCGUGCUCAAUCACCUCUUCGUUUCGCUACUCUGCUCACCGUGUCUUGAACAUGUCCGCGCAGAAGAAUCCUACGGUGGCCGUCUCGGCUCCCGGUAAAGUCCUCCUCGCUGGCGGUUACCUUGUGCUGGAUCGCCAACACACGGGCCUGGUUUUUGGCCUUAGUGCGCGCAUCAACGUCAUUGCUGGGGAGAUACACACCAGUGAGGGGGUGCAACUGAACGAGAUUGUCGUGGACAGCCCUCAAUUCGAGGGAGCACAGUGGCGAUAUGGCUACCAUCGAGCACCUGAGGGGGGAGGCAUCCAGGUGGUGCAAUUGCAAGUCGGCGAGAAGUUGAGCAAGAACCCCUUUGUGGAAACAACACUCAGUUACGUGUUAAGCUACGUCGACCACCUGUCCGCAACGCGGGUGACGUCGUCUUCGUCGUCUUGGCUCAGACCAGCCAGGCUCAUCAUCCUGGCCGACAACGACUACUACUCCACGCCUGGCGACAAGCACACUGGGCCCAGCGCGCGCUUUGCCAACUUUGGCGUACCUCUGGCCUCUGCGAACAAGACUGGCCUGGGCUCCUCGGCCGCGCUGGUCACAGCCCUGACGGCGAGCUUGCUGACGCACUACCUGCCCAGGGAGAUAUACGACGUGUCCAGCGAGGGCGGCAAGAAGAUCCUGCACAACCUCGCCCAAGCAGCCCACUGCGCGGCUCAGGGCAAAGUCGGGUCCGGAUUCGACGUCGCCGCCGCCGUCUUCGGCUCGUGUCUGUACAGGCGGUUCUCGCCUUCCGUCCUCGACGCCCUUCCGGAGCCCGGCACGCCCGCCUUUGCGAGCGAGCUCGGCCGCGUGGUGGACGGCACGGCCUGGGACGUGGAGGUGUCGAAAAAGGUGGACAUGCCGCAAGGUCUCGCGCUGCGCAUGUGCGACGUGGACUGUGGCAGUCAGACGGUGGGCAUGGUGAAGAAGGUGCUCGCGUGGCGGGAGCAGGACGCGCAGGUGGCGGGUGAUAUCUGGGGCGAGCUGCAGGCGUACAAUGACGGUCUCGCCUCGGUGCUGAACGAGAACCGGACGGAGGAUCUCACCAUGUCGUUGGAGAUGAUCCGCGGGAAGAUUCGCGAGAUGAGUGGACUGAGCGGUGUGCCCAUUGAGCCAGAGAGCCAGACGAAGCUGCUGGACGCCGUGACAGAGUUGGACGGUGUGUUUGGAGGCGUCGUCCCUGGUGCGGGUGGCUUUGAUGCGUUAGCAUUGCUGAUGAGGGAUGAUGAGGAGACCAAGACACGCGUGAUGGGUUGUCUGGCGGAGUGGAGUAAGGAGAAAGACGAAAAGGUCAAGCUCAUGGAUGUCAAGGGUGAGAUGGAAGGUGUGCGUAUGGAGAAGCUGGAUAUUUACGAAGGGUGGCUGUAAGUCGUACUUGUUCACCGGUCAAGAGCAGAACCAGGAUAGCGAUAACAAAAAGUAUUAUUGAGUCCAGUGGACCUCCGUCUCUAAAUUAACCCAUUGCCCCAAACACCG